GAGCUGUCUCAUGUGAUGAGAGUGUGUGAGUUUUCCUUUAAUUUUUGCUACUAUAUAGUAUUUAUUUGUUUCUAGCUCCUUCCCCUUGUGGAGAAUACGGCUGUGAAUUAAUGUGCAAUGAUGGCGGCUGUGAGCACGUAUCAAGGGUGUGUCCUGUUGGAUUCCGAAUGGCAGAGACUGUAAAUGGAGUGACCUGCACAGAUAUUGAUGAAUGUGAGGCCUCUUCAUGUGAAGGAACCUGCAUAAAUACAGAGGGAGGAUUCGUGUGUGACUGUGGGCCAGGCAUGAAGCUAUCUACUGACAGGACGAGCUGCUACGACAUAAAUGAAUGUCGGAGGCCAGGAACAUCCCAUCUUUGCAAACACUUCUGCCACAAUACUCAUGGAAGUUUCUUCUGUUCUUGCCGGGCUGGGUUUCUGCUUGAUCCAGAUUCACAAGCACCCAGACAAAAGCCAGAAUAUGUAGGUAGAACAUUUUUAAAAAAGUGAGAUAAAAUGCCUCCU